UCCUUGUGGUUUCCAUUUCCAGAGCAAACUGGAAGGCUCCGUCACGCUGGAAAUGGAGGUCCGGCCGCGUUACCUGGUACCUGACACAAACUGCUUCAUCGAGCAGCUGGAGGUGGUUCAAGCCCUGGCCAAGAGCUCCCCAUACACCGUUAUGGUGCCCCUCGUCGUUCUGAACGAAUUAGACGGGCUGUCCCGAGACGCCGCCGUGGCCAAGUACGGGUCCGUGGGCCACGCCGUGCGGGUACGGGAGGGGGCGGCUGCCGCCCUACACUACCUGAGGGAGGAGAAGCCUCACUCCGUCAAGACAGUCACUUCCCAGGGCUCCGUCCUCUCCUCCACCAACUUCACCGCCGAGAUCGAUUUAGCUGAUGCCACCAACGACGACAAGAUCCUCUCCUGCUGCGUCCACUUCUGCAGCGACUCCACCCAGAGGAGACCCAUUAAAGCUGGUGUUCGUCGUCUGUACAGAGAAGUCGUCCUGCUCACGGAAGACAGAAACCUUCGAGUGAAAGCCCAUGCCCGCGACGUGCCCGUGCGAAAUCUCCUGGACUUUGCGAGAUGGGCGGGGAUUAGGUAAACAGGCCUAACAGGCGUGAGCUACUACGCCCAUUCGCAUUUCAUCGUUGUUUUUAAAAAUAGAAAAAAAAAAUACAGGACGUUUCUGGUCAACGCAGCCCACCAACCUCUUCUUUUAAGGUUCUCCGGGUGACCAAAAAUCACAGGUGUGACAGCCAAAGUACUUUUCAUCAUCAUCAGCAGCAGCAGCCGUCUUAUAUUAUAUCUCUUGACCAAACAGUGCGGAUAAUAAUAUCCGUUCUAAAGUGCCGUUUUGCAUGGCUAAGUAGCCUCUACCGUUGAUCUUUUUGCCACAGUAGCCGCUGAGAGAUUUUAGCUGCAGUUAAAUGUAGAUAUUGUCAGUCUAUAAAGUUCAGAUAUGUUGCUGGUGGUCUGCAGUUGAUGUAGUAACCGCCAGUCUUAAAAUUGUUCAGAUAUCCUGCUGGUUGUCUUUCAUACAAUAAGUAAACUUGAGUACUGCGUGGUCUUUCGCCUGCUGAAGCUUAUCUCGCUUGUUCGACGCGUGUAGAUAUCAUCAGAUCCACUUGAGGGACUUGGAUGUCACCCUGUCCAUCAUCUCUGCUUUCCUCCAUCCAGCAACCGUUUGACUCAAGCCUGUAAAUAAAUUGCAAAAUAUAAAAAAAAAAUGCCAAAGUUAUUUGUGCAGAUAUGUUGUAUGGUGAAGAUGUUCGUGUGUGUGUGUGUUGCGCACGCGUAAUCAGAAGUGUGUGUUCUGAAUUGCCAUGUAAAUAAGCCGACUGUACCUCAGAGGUGUGUAUACUAUUUUUGUAAAUUACGGGAGAAGUAUAUUUUAGUAAAAUGAGAGAUCGUAGAUUUCUCCAAAUGAAUAUGUUUACCUUUCAAACAAACGAUAGAUUUGAACUAGUAAUUGGUCCUUUUAUUUUGGAAAAUGUAUGGUAUUCUAUCAAAUGAACAAGAGAUUUGAACUAGUAAUGGGGUCCAUUUAAAAAAUGAAUGGUAUUCUAUCAAAUUGUGUAAACAAAUACCAAAUAAACAAUGUAUUUGAACUAGUAA